GCGCACGCUGGCAGACAUCAUCCUGGAGAAGAUCACCGAGAAGCAGACCGAGGUGGACACGGCGCUGUCCGAGGUCUCGGGCUGCCCCAUGCCCCAGCUGGAUCCCCGUGUCCUGGAGGUCUACAGGGGCGUCAGAGAGGUGCUGUCCAAAUACAGGAGUGGGAAACUCCCCAAGGCAUUUAAGAUCAUUCCUGCCUUGUCCAACUGGGAGCAGAUCCUCUACAUCACAGAGCCAGAGACGUGGACAGCAGCUGCCAUGUACCAAGCCACCAGGAUAUUUUCAUCCAACCUGAAGGAGAGGAUGGCCCAGCGGUUCUACAACCUGGUGCUGCUGCCACGGGUCAGGGACGACAUCGCCGAGUACAAACGCCUCAAUUUCCACCUCUACAUGGCUUUGAAGAAGGCUCUGUUCAAACCAGCAGCCUGGUUCAAAGGGAUCCUCAUCCCGCUGUGCGAGUCGGGGACCUGCACGCUGCGGGAGGCCGUCAUCAUCGGCAGCAUCCUCACCA